UAAUGCGAGUUCAUCACUGCGCCUGUGCGUGUUUUUCCGUUUCCGUCCCCUUACAGUGGUCCGCCACAGUUGCUGGGCAACUUUAGCUCGUGGGUUACUUUGGUUUGGGGUCGCAGCCGCGGUUGGGGAAGGAGGAAAGAGCCUCCCCAGUCGGCUUAUUGGAGAAAGGGUGGGGGUUGCCGACAACCCUGAAGUGGAAGAGAGGGAGCUGACGUGUACAAAUAAGACUGACAGUGAGGAUUGAUAUUUGGAUUAUUUCAACAUGAGCUUCCUGUUACCCAAGCUGAGUAGCAAAAAAGAAGUGGACCAGGCGAUAAAAAGUACUGCAGAGAAGGUGCUGGUUCUCAGGUUCGGGAGAGACGAGGAUCCUGUCUGUCUGCAGCUAGAUGAUAUUCUUUCUAAGACCUCUUCUGACUUAAGUAAAAUGGCUGCUAUAUAUCUGGUAGACGUGGACCAAACCCCAGUUUAUACACACUAUUUUGACAUCAGUUAUAUUCCAUCUACUGUGUUUUUCUUCAAUGGGCAGCAUAUGAAAGUGGAUUAUGGGUCUCCAGAUCACACUAAGUUCGUGGGAAGUUUCAAAACCAAACAAGACUUCAUAGAUUUGAUUGAAGUAAUUUAUCGAGGCGCAAUGAGGGGAAAACUUAUUGUUCAAAGUCCUAUUGAUCCCAAGAAUAUUCCCAAAUAUGACCUCCUCUAUCAAGACAUUUAGCACUUUCACUACUGUCAAAGUUGAAGAGACAGGCCUGUCGUGAAACAGUGCCUGACUCCAGCUGGGCUGUUCUCCUGGGGUCUUUCGGAAAUGUGGUCAGCAUCCCGGCGGAGAAGAGGUUUGACGUGUAUAGAAAAUACCGGCCCCCAAGUAGAAGACCACACUGGUGCUGUGACAAUUGGGAAUGCCCAAGUGUCUACUCCCUGCAGACCUCAGAGCAGUCAAGUCAGCCGUGGUCAAUUUCCCCAGUGUGGUUAUUUUAAUUUCUCUUUAUAUUAUAGUUUUCUUUAUUCUUUAAGAUAAUACAGAAUCCUUCUAAACCUUGGCUAGUACAAUUUGAUUUAACUAUGUUUAUUUGAUACACAAGUAAAAUAGAAAGUCAAUUCCCAUAAGAGCAAAAAUACUUCUUUUCUACCCUAUGUGUACACACCCACCCCUUCCAUCUUCCUCAGCCUCGCCACUCCUCCACUCGUGUAUUUAUCUCGUGCUCAGCUAUUAUCCCAGUUCUUUUGGAAUAAAUCAUUCUUUACUGAGAGCAGGCAAGUUUGUUUUAUCUUCGAGCCUUUCUGGCUCAGACUUUUAAAGGUAUCCUGGCUUGCUCAUUUUAUCAGCUUUUCUAUUAUUAAAUUGCCCAAGAAGUGAGAACUUGAACCUUUACCAUCCAGCACCCAGUUUGAGCUAAACAAAGAAUUAACUACCCUUAGUAAGUAGGAGCUGAUCUCUCCCAGAGCUCCGUCUCUUUCUGAGGAGAAAACUGUACUUCAAGGACUCAAGACUGGAAAGAGAUCUCAGAAUUGCUAGAAAGAAGUAUCAUGUUUAUAGGACUUGCCUGUGUUAACAACUUUAUGAAGAAUUCCCCCAGGGUCCUCUGGCACAGCCUGCCACCACUUGGGCAAGUUCCUGCUCCUCUCAGAACCUCGUGGGGCUAAGGGUACUGACUUUCUAGAAUAAGAGAAUAGAUGCAGAGCCAGAGGGCAGUGUGCCAGGCAGCACGUGACCUGCUUGGCAGCUUUUUGCCACCUUGAUGACAGAAACCCAGUUCUGUGCAGGGCAGCACUGUCACUGCAAGUCUGUCCCCCUUUGCCAGGUGCUUCCGUCCAAGCCUUUUCUGACAAAUGUGGCAUAGAAGGAAGGCUGCUGGGCACCUUUGUGACCUUCAUUGAUAAAUGAGAGAGCCACUCCAGGAAGGAGACAACAAAACCCUUUCAGCACCACCUCCGUCUUCUCCUGGCCCCCACUUCCUGCUUUCAUGGUGAUCGUGAUGCAUGGAACUACAACAGCUGUCUUAGGACCACGAGGCAGCCAGCACUGGGAUGAAAAAUGAACAUGCUGAGAAGACCGGUGAGGAGAGCCUGGGUCCCUGAUAACGAUACUGAGCUACCGAGUGGACUCUAGGCGUGCCUCCCUUAAGACUACUUCUAUGAAAGAAUAAAACGUCUUC